AUGACACAUAGUGUAGUGAAGGGUCAGCAUCAGCUCAAAGUGGAAAAAGAUGGGAAGAAAGACAUCACUGUUGUGGUACCAUACAUGUAUGAUGAAGAAGCUAGCUUGAGAAAGCUUUACCUGGCAAUAGUCAUGCAUGAGUACCCAUUUAAUAUAUCCGAGCAUGAGUAUUUUGUUGAGUUCAUCAAAUCGCUGCGUCCUACCUUUCCAAUCAGAUCUCGGGUUACCAUUAGGAAGGAAAUUAUGAACAUGUUCUUAGCUAAAAAGGACAGGUUGUAUGACUACUUCAAAUCUGUCUCUUUCCGGUUUAGUGCCACCAUGGACAUGUGGACUUCAAAUCAGAACAAGUCAUACAUGUGUGUCACUAUACAUUGGAUAGAUGACAAUUGGUCUAUCCAGAAAAGGAUUGUGAACUUUGUGCAUGUAGAGGGCCAUCAUACUGGUACAAAGCUGUCGGAGACAUUUACUGAACUUAUGGUUAAGUGGUAUAUUGACAAGAGAAUGUUUGCUCUGACCUUGGACAAUGCAUCAGCAAAUGAAGUAGCAGUCAAAGACAUCAUCUCUGAUCUAAAGGCCAAUGCUAGUGCAACGUCUUUGAUAUGUGAUGGAAUAUUCUUCCAUGUGAGGUGUGCUUGUCACAUCCUGAACCAUGUUGCUAGGGAUGGCUUGAGUGUAAUCACACCCACAAUUGAGAAUAUUAGACAACUAGUUCUUGCUGUCAAAGGAUCUCCAUUGCAAUGGGAGGAGCUCAUGAAGCAUAAGAAGAUUGGUUCAAUUGUUGGUGAUCUUGAAGUUAUUGAGGCCCUUGCUUCAAAGCUGAAGAUUGAGGACGACGAUGUCGCGGACAGUGAUGAUGAAGUAGAUGGGCCACAUGCAGAUGAUCUGGGCUUCUUUGACAUGUAG